CCUCCACCUUGCACCGCCGCAACCCGCCGCAUGGACGGCGCCGCCGCCGCCACCGCUACUGCAGCCCGGCGCCCACUCCCCAGAGAUUCUUUUCGUGAUGUUAGAAAGCGACAAGACAAUAACAAGGAGCAUGUGCAGAACACAAGUCACCAAGGUUCCAAUGAAGUUAUGGUACAAAAGGACAGGCAAACAGAGUGGACAAAACCUGGAAGAGUUUUUAAUAGAAACAUCAAUAGAGGAGGCCAGUCUCGAAGUUCAUUCCCUGGAGUCACUCAGGAGUUUCGUGUUGUGAAAGACAACAGAACUAAGCUGAAGGCACAUGGUGAGACUUUACCGGGAUCAUUUCACAAUGGAGACUCCAGCAAUGAACAGGCUGUUUCGAAUGUUGGAGACAAAAGCUCAACUGAAAAGCCAGCUGCGCAACACCACUUGGCUACUCAAAAGCCUGAUGGACGUGGAGUAACUCAAGCUGACAAUGGACGUAAAACUGCUGCUCAAGCCCAUGGUAAACAAGUCAAGCUAUCUAGUGACCAAGGGCUGGAACAAUCUGAAAGUGUGAGAAUACCAUUAGUUGGUUCACAUUCAGUUCUGGAAAAGGGCGACCAAAACAAAGUGCUAAAUGCAUCAUCAGGCACAAAUAAUUUUACUGGUGACCUAUGUUGUUCUUCAUCGGAUCCAAUCCAUGUACCCCCUCCUGGGUCUAAACCAGUUGGAACAUUCGGAGCCAUAAAGCGUGAAGUUGGAGUACCUGGUGCUAGGCAGCGGCCCUCUGAAACUGCAGCCACAAACACAUCUACUUCAAACAACUUAGUAAAGGUGACAACGGCAAUGAAGAAUAAUACUUCAAAUGAACAACAAUCGAGAUUAUCUGGUUUCUCAUCAAAAACCUCCCAUUCAGUUCCAACAAGUCAAUACCAUUCGAAGCCAAGCGUCUAUGUUGGUCAUUCAAAAGGCAACCCACAUUUGGAGUGGAAGCCCAAAACAGUCAGCCCAGCUAAUGCGGCACGCUCCAGUGCUACAUCUUCUGUUGAUGGCAAUCAGGUGGGUACUGCAGGUUUGUCUAAGAAGCUUUUGGAAGCUAAUGUAUCUGAAGAUGAGCGUGUGAUCAUACCGGAGCACCUCAGGGUACCAGACUCUGAGAGAACAAAUCUUAUCUUUGGUACUUUUGAAUCUGAUGCUGAGUCGAAGGUUUCCACAUCAGCCCUUGAUGCCACAAGUGAAGAAGGAUUGCAUGCCCAUUCUUCUACAAGUUUGGCUUCAUUGAAUUAUCUCAGAUCAACUGAUGAUGUGCGUUCCAGUGACCAGACGAAUCUUCUUGGUUCUCUUGCCACACUUCCAGAAUCAGAUUCUGUUCUUCCAAGUUCUGAGCAACAGCAGUCGCCAACUGUUGACAUCGAAGUCCUGAGUCCUGGUGUUAUUGGCGAGCAUAGGACAAAUGAGAUGAUUUCAAGCAAGAUUGCACAUUCUUUGCCUCAACCCCAACUUCAAGACAAUUCUGCUCUGCAGAACUUCAAGGCAUAUGAACCAGAUUAUGAGAUGGCAUUUAUCACUAAAUCUGUUGAUAGCGGAACAGUACAAACUAGAUCAUAUCCAUCUGAGGUAUCUGUAUCUUCAGCAAGUGGACAACCAGUUCCCCACAUGUACCAACAGGUUCAAGUACCACAGUAUGCAAACCUUUUGCCAUAUCGACAUGUUUUCUCUCCAUAUUACGCCCCUCCAGUUGCUGUCCCAAGCUACUCGAGCAAUCCUGCAUUUCCUCAGUUGCCACAUGCCAGCAGCUACUUGUUAAUGCAAAAUGCAGCUCCUCAUGAAAUUGGCAGCAUGAAGUAUGGACCACCUCAUCAGUUCAAGCAGAUGUUCCCUGGUAGCCCACCUGCUGGAUAUGGUAGCUAUCCAAGUCAGAAUGGUUACCCUGUCAAUAACGGUAUCAUUGGCAGCACAGGUACUGUAGAGGAUGUCAGUAUGAGUAAAUACAAGGACAACAAUAUCUAUGGACCCAAUCAACAGGCUGAAACGGCGGAUGUGUGGAUUCAGGCUCAUAGGGAGAUUUCUAACAUGCCACCAACACCAUUCUACAACAUGAUGGGACAACCGAUGUCGCCCCACACAGGAUACUUGCCAGCGCACAAUUUCAGCCCAGCUCCACAUCCUGCUCACUUGCACUAUCCUGGCAUGCCACAUCCAUUGCAGCCAACAUCAAUGACCAUGUUACAGAACCCACAAUCCAUGGUACAUCAUCAGGGUGGAAAUAUCAGUAUUGAUAUGACAGCCAUGGCUCCUGGAUCUCAGGCUGGAGCGUUUCCUGGAGCUCAGGCUGGAGCAUUUCCUGGAGCUCAGGCUGGAGCAUUUCAGCAAAACCAACUUGGCCAUGUCGGCUGGGCUCCUUCGAACUAUUGAAGAUAUUGAUGUCACUUCCCUGGUGCCAACUUAAGUGGUCCAGAUUGAGGAAAAGAAACAAUUGAAGAGAUAUGCUGUAAUGAAAGAUACUCGUGAUGAAUGUCAGUUUUUUUUUUUGCUUCGAUGAUAAAAAAGGUUUAUACAUUUUGUUUCAGUCCAUGCUUCAUGACAUAUCCUGUACUGAAAACAUCAAUAUUGGUUUCUAACUGCCUUUUAUCUGCUUU